AUUAAUGCCUUUAUUAGGAAUUAAGUGUGUUGACAUACAACAAAACACUGAAAGCUAUCAUCAUAAAAACUUGACAAAGCCAAGAAAUGCUUAUAUGGUUAUUUGAAAUUGUCUUUGUUUUUUGUCAAUUACUAAAUGGAUAUCCACACAAGCAUUGAAUAGGCUGAAUAAGCUGUAAUAUUAAAAAAAGGCAAUUGGAUUGUGCUUAAACCAUUUAUGAUCUUUAGAAAUACUGUUAGAAUAGAGGGGAAUGUUCAUUGCAAAAUGUAACUGCUGUCAUCAUUUACUCAGCUUUAUGUUGUUCCAAACAUGUAUCACUCUUCUGUAAUCACAAUUUUUUGCAGAACUCAAAAGGAGAUUUCACACUCAAGUCCGGUAGGUGGUGGAUGUUCACCCUUUAUGUUGGAAUGCAAUCAAAACCCCAGAGGCCGGUUGCACCAGCUGUAUAUGAGUUAAAACUUACCCUAGUUUUGACAUAAAUGGGCACUAAGUUACAACUUACGCACUACAAAAUAUUUGCACCAUUACACUUAGUUUAAGUUUAACUCUACAUAUAAACUAAAUAUUUACGGAGGCGUCUGGUCAGGAGUAAUGGUUCGAAUAAAAUAGCAGACUGAGUGAACUGCAUCAAUAUGCACUUCUUUUACCCGACAACCUGCAAUCCUUUAGGCCUCUAUGAUGCUGCUGCCAUUUAUACUAAUGAACAUAUUAAGAGAGAAAACAACAUGUGAAUAAACAUACUUUGUUGUUGUUUUGUUUCCGUGUCUUUAACGCCCCAUUUAGAGUGUGCCUCUGUGCGCUGGUCCGUGUUGUUCAUGUCAGAUGAAAUAAUAAAUAAAUGACAUUUCUUAUGUUUUUUUUUUCUUUCAGUAUUUAUUGAUCCUUAUUUAUUUCAAUUACAGUUUCUGAAUGUUAUUUACAUAUAAAAAUAGCUUACGUGUAGACUAAUGUUCGUUUUCAAUGGAAACUUAUUUUUACCAUUAGUAUUCUUGAGACAAAAUAAGUUAGAAUGAAGGAUAAAUUAAAAUUCAUAGCAUUUAAACAAGUUCUGCUCGCAUAUUUGAAGGUUUCUAUUGCAUGAUGUAUGGUAGAUGUCAUAUUAUGCGACUUUGCAUUACUUUACGGGGAGCUUACGAACUACUACCUACGUCCUGCCUUAUGUACAAAUUGGUGCAACCAAAUAAUGUAUAGAUUUAGUUACAAACUAGCUAGUGUUUACAAAGCUUCUAGUGUGGACUUAACGUUCUUAUUUAAGUAAGAACUUACGAAUGGCUGGUGCAACCCUACCCAGGAGUAGCAGGUUUACAUCUGUGCCACCUACUGGACUGGAGUGUGAAGAAAGUCAUACAUUAGGGUGUCUAGCCUGUACCUGUACGACAGUGUGCUGAUGUUGGCCAAUGCCUUCUACCGGAAGUUAGAGGACAGGAAAUGGCACAGCAUGGCUAGUCUGAACUGCAUGAGGAAGUCAACCAAGCCCUGGAAUGGAGGCUGGUCCAUGUUAGACACAAUCCAAAAGGGGCGGAUUUCUGGGCUAACUGGUUUAAUGGACUUUCGAAGCAAUGGGGCAAACUCUCAUGUCCAGUUUGAGAUCCUGGGGACAAGUUACAGUGAGACGUUUGGAAAAGAUGUGAAGCGGCUGGCGACAUGGGAUUCUGAUCGCGGGCUGAACGGCAGUCUGAGGGAGAACCGGGCUGAGCAUGGCAUGCAAGGAAUUACUCUGAAAGUGGUGACUUUACUGGAGGAGCCGUUCGUAAUGGUGGCAGAAAACAUUCUAGGUCAGCCCAAAAGAUAUAAGGGAUUUUCCAUAGAUGUUCUAGACACCCUGGCCAAAAUUCUGGGCUUUAAGUAUGAAAUCUAUCAAGUGGCUGAUGGGAAAUAUGGCUCUCCUCAGGCCAAUGGGUCUUGGAAUGGACUGAUUGGAGAACUAAUAGGGAAGAGGGCAGAUGUGGCUAUUUCAGCCAUCACCAUCACUCCUGAUCGAGAGAAUGUAGUGGACUUCAGUAAACGUUACCUGGAUUAUUCUGUGGGAAUCCUAAUGACUAAAACAGAAGAGAGACUCAACAUCUUCUCCUUGCUGGCACCGUUUGACCUAGCGGUGUGGGCCUGCAUUGCUGCUGCCAUUCCUGUGGUGGGUGUCAUGGUCUUUCUGCUCCGACGCAUCCAGUCUGUCCGCUCCCAGAAUCCUCCUGGGCCCCACCAGCCUGCUUCUGUCACGACAUCCUUCCAGAGUGCCAUCUGGAUCGUCUACGGAGCCUUUGUACAGCAAGGUGGUGAAUCCUUAAUGAGUUCAGUGGCUCUCAGGAUUGCAAUGGGAAGCUGGUGGCUGUUUACCCUCAUUGUCUGUUCAUCCUACACAGCCAACCUAGCAGCCUACCUCACCGUAACCCGCAUGGACAACGCUGUUCGGUGAGCUUACUAGUCCAGCUCUGUAUCGAAGUGG